AUGGGCCGCUUCCAACUGCUCGCACUCCUCGUCCCUGCGCUCACCGCCGUCGCGGCCCCUCUCCCUGCCAAACGUGCAUUCUCUUUCGGACUGAAAAACUACAACGCCUUCCAAAUCUCGGAUAGCGUUGCUGGUAAUGCCCAGGCACAUGCUAACGCAGUUUUUGUGGACCCCUUCAAGUCUGUCGACCUGGCCACAGUUGACGCGACUUCGCUCAAAAACUUGGGUACCAUGCGUCAAGCCGCCGAAUCAGCCGAAACGGAACUGUUCAACCCUCAGAUCAAAGCAGCAUCCGGUGCUGCGGCCGAUGCACUUUCUGUCGGGAAGAUCCAGAACAAGGUUCUGAAGUUGACCGGAGAAGUUCAACAGAUCAAGAUCAAGCUGGCUCAGGCGAAGGCCAAAGGCUCUGACACCUCUAAGCUCCAGGCGUCUCUGACAGAAGAGCAGACUAAGCUCAGCAAGAACAUCGCUACGGAUGUGAAGAACAAGGGCAAGAAGUCCAAGGGUGUCGCCAGCAAGUCCAAGCGGGCGGCCUUUAAAGGUUUCGCGCUCAAGAACUACGCCCAAUUCCAAAUCUCCGAUGGCACGGCUGGCAAUGCUCAGGCCAAAGCCGCAGCAGUCUUCGUAGACCCCUUCAAGUUGGUCGAUUUGGCCACAGUCGACGCGACAUCAAUCAAGAACCUAGGCACGAUGCGUGAAGCUGCUGAGUCAGCGGAGACAGAGCUCUUCAACCCGCAAAUCAAGGCUGCAUCUGGUGCCGCCGCGGAUGCACUCUCUGUUGGAAAAAUCCAGAACAAAGUGUUGAAGCUUACGGGCGAGGUCCAGCAGCUCAAAAUCAAGCUCGCGCAAGCCAAGGCUAAGGGCUCGGACACAUCUAAGAUCCAGUCGAAACUGACGGAGGAACAGACGAAGCUUUCGAAGAACAUCGCACUCGAUGUGAAGAGCAAAGGCGACGCUUCCAAGGGGGUUGCUUGA